UCGCUCUGAUACUCAUUUAGUAUCUGUCUGUCAUUCAGUUUAGUAGUUUUUGUGCAACGACGAAAUGGUUUUUAAUUACAAGCAGUGAAUGUUUUAACAGUCGUGGUUUGGACUGGAACUCUUGAUUGUUUUGUUGGCUGAUCCUACUCGUGCUACCUUGGUCAUUAUAUAGAUAUGGGACCAAAAAAACCUUCCGGGAGCGAGUUCAAAAAAAUUAGAAAUAGAAAAGAACAAGAUAACAAAAAAUUAGCAUCUGCACUAGGAAAUUGGCUGAAGAAUGAAAAUACCAGUCAUAACCCAGGUCCUUCUGAGCCUCAAAUUCAAGACGAAGAAGAAGACGACGAAGAAGUUCAUGGUAGAGAGACGCACACCGAAGACUUUUGCAAGAGUAAUAUGGUUUUGGAGGACCCCACUAGCCACAUCACUCCCAUUGAGAUCGACACUAACUUAGAAGAAAGUAGUGGAAAUUGUAGUUCCCAACAAAUAGAGUACGAAGAUCCCAGAAAAUGGCCGACAAAUUUUAGAUUGGACACAGUUCGUUGUAAAAUUGUAGAAAAAGGCCCUCAAAUGAUUAAUUUGGAAAACCACAUGUUUCCUUAUUCUGAUGAUGGACGACGCUUCUCUCAGAAAUGGGUUUACAAAACUCUACCGAACGGGGAAAAUGUGAAAAGACAAUGGUUAUUGUAUAGCCAAUCUAAGGACGUCCUGUUUUGUUUCCCCUGUCUUCUUUUUUCAAAAGACGAUAAAAAGGACAAAUCUGUGUUUUUAAUAUUGAAGAGGGAUUCAACGAUUGGAGACACCUAAACCCAUGCAUUGUCAAUCACGAAAGGUCAAUACUUCAUCGAGAUUCUUACAUUCUAUGGAAAGAGUUAGAAAUAGGCUUAAAAACAGGCAAGUCUGUUGCGCAGGACAUCAAAAGCUAAUACAAGCUGAAACAGACAAGUGGACCAACAUUCUAAAGUGUAUUGUGGAUGUUAUUCUUCACUGUGCUAGGAAUAACUUAGCUUUAAGAGGUGGAUCGGACUUGAUUGGUGACAGCAACUGUGGUGUGUUUCUGAGUACCUUAGAGCUUAUUAGUCAUUAUAAUCCUCAACUAGCUAAACACAUAGAAACAGUUAAACAUGGAAAGAAUGUCACUAGCUAUUUUUCUCCCCUUAUUCAAAAUAAAGUCAUAGACCUCUUGGGAAGUAAUGUCAGAUCAGAAAUAUUGAGGAAGGUAAAACGUGCAAAGUAUUUCUCCAUCAUGUUCGACUGCACCCCAGACACAGCUCAUUUAGAGCAGAUGAGCCAAGUAAUCAGAUAUGUUACUAUCGAGGAUGGUAAAUGCUCUGUUGAAGAGAGCUUUGUUGACUUCGUCAUAACUCACCAGAAGACAGGAAGAGGGAUAUCUCAAGAAAUCUUGGAAAAACUUAAAACUGAUGACUUGGAUAUACAGAACUGUCGUGGACAAGGAUUCGACAACGGAUCAAACAUGGCCGGAAAAUAUGAAGGCGUUCAAGCACACAUAUCCCAGUUAAAUGACCUGGCAACAUUUGUGCCUCGUGCGGCACACAGCCUAAAUCUCGUAGGCGUGCGUGCUGCAGAAGUUUCAGUAAUGAUGAAAACUUUUUUCGGAAAUCCAUGUGUCCGAAAGUGUCAUCCGAUUUUAGUUUUUUGUCUGGGAAGUCCUUAAGCCAGCAAUCCAUCUCUCACCUAGAAAAAUGUGCAGCCGAUUUCGGGUUGAAGUAUAGUAGGGAUGUAGAUACAGUUGAACUAGUCAACGAGGUUUCUUCAUUUAAAUACCAUGCAAAUGAGCUUUUUGAAAGUAUCGAAAAGGCAACGCAUUUGGAUAUUCUCACAGCGAUCUCAAAAUAUGGACUAAGAGAUGCCUACCCAAACAUUGAAGUAGCUAUAAGAAUAUUUUUGACCAUGCCUGUCAGUGUGGCAUCAUGUGAAAGAUCAUUCAGUAAACUCAAAAUUAUUAAAAACUAUUUGCGUUCCAGCAUGAAUGAAGCAAGACUGACAAAUCUUGCCAUUCUAUCUAUAGAAUACAACAUUGCUUCGAAAGUCGACUACAACGAUGUCAUAAAAGAGUUUGCAAAACUUAAAGCAAGAAAAGUUAAGUUUUAGUUGCCUAAAAUACCAUUCCAAACUAUGUAUGUUUUACUAAGUUCGACAGGUUAAUCUUUAUUUGUAGAAGAUUUUAUUGUAUUCUGUCAAUAUUAUAUUUCUAUGUAAAUAAAUAUG